AUGAUCGGUAAGGAGAUAAGCAUUGACAUUUUACCUUCCAUUGAACGAGGGGAAAAGGAAAGUUUGUCAAUUCAAAUCUAUCCUUACGAAGUGAUCGAAGAUGCCAGGUCUGAGCUCACAAAUCUGAAAGACCUAAUCGUUUCAUUAACAAAAUCCUACAUUGACGCGCUAAUUACUCCAUGCCUUGAUCAGGAUCAGAAAGUACUUGCAGCUAAGCUUAAAUGGGAGUACUUAGUACUAACAUAUGCCUACGGCUCUAGUAACUUGUUGAAUUACAGACUAUAUAGACAGAAUUUGGUUCAAGAACUAGCCCAGUCUUACAAAGGUAUGUUGCAAGCUAUACCUGAAAAUAAGAAGGAAAGACUUUCAGAUGAGGAACUGGCUAAGCUUGAAUUCUAUUGUCAAAUCAUUGGUCAACAAAGGCCUCCGAUUUUACCAACAUCUGUGAGCGUUGUUGGCAUAUUAAAGGAUACUAUUUGUGAAGAUUUAGAGGUUUUAGGACCACGCAAUGCAAACAGACUCAAAUUGUACCAUAAAGGACAACAGCUCACUAUACCUACAAGUAGAAGUUUGGAGAUGGAGCACUGUGAUUGGUUGAAAGUAUUGAAACAUUCAUAA